AUGGGCAAACCGACGACUUCCGAGAAGCCUGAGCCUGCAGAGGAGACUCCUGAGCAGAAGGAGGGCAACAAGAAGCUUGCAAGUGUGACCAGGCAGUGGAGCAAACGUGUGCUGGAAGCGGAGGGCCACGACGAGGACCAGGAGGGCGGCGAGACCGACGAGGGCGAGGCGGACGAAAAGGAAGUCCGCGACUACGGGAAAGCGAGAAAAAUGUCUCGCAUGCUCAAGGCCGGCAACGUCCCCGAAGACGUUCGCAAGCUGUGGGAGUCCGCGGACCAGCAGAGCAACCCCAGGAGCGGCAACUACACGAUGUGCACCACGAGCCCGGACUUUCAGUCGUGGAAAGCCAACACGGACACCAAGUUCUCCGAGGGCUACAGCACGGGGGAGACUUACUCCGUCAUGUUGUGGAAGGUCUUCCACGGCAACGAGCAGGCCUUCACCACGGCCCUGAACCGUGGCGACGUGUACGAGCGAGGCGGCUUGUACCACACCUUGACUGUGAGGCAAGGCCGCACCAAGACCUCGACUGACACACAGCAGCUCAGUGGCGGCUGUGCUGCUUUGACCGUGGACCAGUUUGACACCCUUACUAGCUUCUUCAGUGGCAGGCCCUGGGCUUUGCAGGGCUCCCAGUCUUUUGACUCCGCCACCAACAGGGAGUCCGGCCCUGAGGCCCUUUUGUCCUCGGGGAGCUCCAGUGGGCAGCGACAGCUGGCUCUGCAAGACAAGCCAGCAGUGGAGGUGGAGGUCAAGUGGAAAGUCGUGGAGACGAACUUGACCGAGGCCAAGCAGGCCCUCGACAGGCUCCAGAGGGACGCCCAGCGCUACGUCUCCAAGGUCAAGGUUCUUGGGGACAACGACCUGUCCGAGGACCUGAAGUCUGUGCUUGCCAGUCUGGCGAAGAGCCUCUCUGUCUGCGGUGACUGCUUGACGUGGAACGAAGUGCCGGGAGGGCUCUCCAAGCAGAACGUCCAAAAGUUCAUGCAGCAGCUGGGGGAUGACACGGAUCGAGCCAACGAGACCUUGGAGAAGGUCAAAGCAGUGGUUAAAGCGAGGGCUGACUGA